AAUCAAUACAGGUUGGUUGGUAUCUCUUGACCCUUGGCGUAUCAGAUGCGUCCACAAGAGAGAUGGGAAUGAGAUGACGUGUACGCGUUAUUCGGACCUCUUCGUCAUGGUGAAGGCCUGAGAAGACCUCUCCUUCCUGCUUUCAUCGACGCACGCACCACCCAUCAUGUUCACCCCUCUGUCCAAAGGCUCCGAGCGUGCCCAAGAUUCAUUAUGGGACCGUACGAACUCCCCCCGGAAAUCCAAGACGAGGACAUCGCUGUCCAACUCUCCUCUAGCUCCGAGGACAGGGCUUGGACUUCCGUCUCAGCUCGUUCAACCGAGGGUCGAGGCGCACCGCGGUUCCAUCAGGCAGGCUCGUCUGGCGAGAAGGCAGAGCAUAGUGGAGGCUGAGACGGGGGAGGAGACGUGGAACAAGUGGUUCUUCAGGCCUAAACGUGCAACGGUGGAUAUUUGGAUGGCAUCGUUCUGGAAAAGACAUUUCGUCUUGACAGUUCUGCCCUGUUUGGCGGUCUGGAUCUGGGUCGCGAUUCCCUUUCCUGUCAGUGAUCCGUACAAGGAUAACCCAUUCCCCGAUAUCCCAACUUGGCCCAAGAAGCCAUCUGAAGGGGGAGGUAAGGACGAUGGGGAGGGGCAAGGAAGUCUACCUCUGGAUGUCAACUUCUACUUCUUUCUCAUCUGGUAUUUUGGGAUGUAUCUCGCCGUUGCCUUGUUCUUCAUUACGAACCUGUUCUCACUGUACCGCUUGAAUUGGUGGCCAUCGGCAUUGGGAGGUAAGACCUCCUACGCUUUGUCGUGGACCUCUACGCUACUCAUCGGGCUCACCGCGCACCACUUGGACCUAUUUCGACUGCGACGACGUUGGGAAUCGCGUGAUCCGACAAACACAUUCGAUUGGGAACGAAAGACUUUUUGGGUCGUCUUGAGCUUUGUGGCCAUGCUCAUGCCUGCCCUUGCUUGCUUUUCAAAGCUCAAGCGAGAUAAGAGGCACACCUUACGAAGCACCGUACCGACUGUAUCCCUUACAUUCUUCGGCGAGACGUUUUCAAGAAAGAUUCCAGCGUCUUGGAAACGAUUUUUGUGGUUCAUGACGUGCUUGGGAAUUGCAUGUUUCUCUUUGAUAGCGGGACAAGCAUAUGCCAGUCUUUACCUCUCCACCUUGCCGCACACUUCAUUGGAUGCCGGGACAUGGGUGUAUUCUUGGGUGAUCACGGUCCAGCUCCUCGCCAUGACUUCAAUGUUCAUUCUCUCCAGCAAGGUCCGAAGUCGAGCCCUUUUGUUCCUGUACAAGCUCUUCUUCCAACUUGUCUAUCACAUCUUUUACCGCAACCUGUUUGCCCGUCUUCGAUCUCCAUCCCAAUUCGCAACAGUCCAACUUUUAUCCUCCAUCUCUGUCGUCAUCAUCUUCCCUCUCCAGAUGACUAGACUCUAUCAUCGAGCACUUCAGAUCAUGAUUGGGUAUCCCGCCACAUGGGAAGAUCAUGCGGAAAACGUAGCAUCAAGCUUUUACUGUCGAGGACUAGCUCAAAACGUCACCAUGCUGGGGUUCCUAGGUUGGCUCACGAUCCUUCAUUUCGGUCCCAAUGCUCAGGUCUACCCUUUCUUCCGUUUCUCACCGACGCCAGAAGAUCCAUAUACGUUCCCAUUGACUUUUACGGCCUCCUGUGCGAUCUGGGGCUCCGAACUCGUCAGCUCAUUCAUUGCGCGACAAGUCAUGUUAUACGCGUUCAAAAUUGAUGUUUCCCAGGUAGGGAUGGACGAAAUGAGAGAGUAUCCCGAAUUAGUGCCCGCAUGUGGGUGGGCUUCUGUCCAUGUAUCAAUGAACAUUCUCAUGUUCCUCAUCAGACUAAACUUUAGAUAGUAGAUUGUCAUUUAAAACGUGUGUAUUGUAUCGCAUGCAAGUAGCAUC